UUGGCUGCGCAGCAGUCGACUCCUCCCACUGACGUUUUCAGUCAACGUGGUUUUGUGCUUCGGUGGCGAUGGAAGGUGUGUUACUCAAAUGGACCAACUAUUUGUCUGGUUGGCAGCCCCGCUAUUUCGUCCUGGAUGGUACCGUCCUCUCGUACUACGAUUCCCAGGAUGACGUGGGGAAGGCCAGCAAAGGGAGCAUCAAGAUGGCCGUCUGCGAGAUCAAAGUGCAUGCCGCAGACAGCACCCGUCUGGAGCUGAUGAUCCCCGGAGAGCAGUAUUUUUACCUCCAGGCGCUGAACGCAGCGGAGAGGCAGAAGUGGCUGGUGGCUCUGGGCACUGCGAAGGCCUGCCUGGCUGACAGCAGGACCAAGAAGGAGAAAGAGCUGCGGGAUGCCAGCCAGACUCUGAAGGGGAAGAUGUCGGAGCUGCGGCUGUACUGUGACCUGCUGCUGGAGCAGGUGCAGCAGAUCCAGCAGGGGACAGAGGCCAGGGAGGGGGAGGGCUCCCCUCUCCCCGACACAGAGAGGAUGACUGAAGCCUCCUCGCUACUCAAGCAGACGUGCCAGCAGUUUGUGGGCGCCCUCGAGGACUGCAUGCGAAUCACCAGCAGCCGUGUGCCCCCAGAACUGUGCCAGCUCUCCCCGCCGGACUCCCCGGCAAUGAUGGUGUCACCAGAGCGGCUUCACGCCCGACGGAUGAGACGCUCAGUAAGUCACACAGGAGUGGUUACACCUGAAAGGGUCUCGACUGUACGGGAUGCCAGGGAGGGGCAGACCGUGAGGAGGAACCUGGAGGAAAUGGUGGCUCACCGCACCCACCGGAGACUGAGCCAGCGGUGCGAGAGCCAGGGGCUGCCAGACGCACUGACCGAGAGCCCAGCCGAAGCCAGCUUCCAGCCUGCGGACUCUCCACAAGGGGGCGACAUUGUGCAGAACGGAACGGAGCAGCCCCCCAAGACUCUGCAGUAGUUGGGGACGUUCCGAGCAUGAUCCGGGGGCGAUCCCUGCCGGCGUGGCUGCAGUGGGGAGAGCGGUGGGGGGUCGGGGUCAGUAAGGAGCUGGACCGAUUUGAAAGUUCUGAUCCACCGGCGGUCCGGUUCAGUCCAAUCUUGCUUGACUGGGUCGCGGAGCCUCCAGAUUUCAGCCGGGCCGAGUCGCUGCUUGUGCUUCAGCGAGCCUUCCAAAACCAAACCCUGCAAAGCAAUGCAAGACCAAAACAAAACUGGGCUUUACUGGUGCACCAUGCAGCCAUUGGAGGAGCUAAACUAAUGUACCAAAAAUAACUACGUUUUGUAAAACACUAUACAUUUUUUUUGUUGUUGUUUAAUUGUUAUAAUCCUAUUAUUUUACAUGAACCUGCCAUGGCAUUUUUACUACAGAAGGAAGCGUAGUAAAUGUCUCUAGUUUUGGAGAUGGGGCAGCUCAAGGGUGAGUUAAGUGGAUCUAUUAAUGUGCAUUAACGUCCUGUGCCCAUACACUGCAGUACACAAAGCUUCACUUCAGAGAACAUUGAGACAGUGGAUUGUGUCGAGUCUUGCAGUACCAGCAAUGACCACAGGAGGGCAGUGUUGUCUCUUUAAUGCAUCUGCUUCCUAGAACGCUGUGCAUGGACACUAAUGCGUCAUCCAGAACUAUUAAACACGCCAUAGUGAGAAAUUUCGAAAUAUAUAAACUAAAGCAGGGAUGGACAGAAGUCUCCUACUGCAGUGCAGUUUUUCCCAUUCCAGGUUUUAUUCCGUGUUUGAUUAACCACAGUGUGUAGGUAACAAGCUCAGUCUUAUUAAACUCCUAGCAAAACCAGGAAUGGAUCAAACCGCUAGGCAAUGGGGUGGCUUAAUCCCAUCCUUGUAAAGUGAAGCUUCUCGACUGGAAGUCUUUUUCAGUGUCUUGGUUUGAGAUGCUCUAAAUAUACCAUCCUAAUCCAUUCUAACACGUGAAGGCUUCUAGUGGAAACGCUGGUACUUGAAUGAAGGUUUGUUUUAGUAGUUCUAGAAAUACACCGGAAAAGAUCUCGCUGGCUACCCCGUUUGUAAGUCAGUAUUUAGAAAACCUUAAGAUUUUGUCACAACGUUUUUAUACCUACCAGCAUGAACACCUCUGGGUGUGAGAAUUUCAAUUUCAGGUCAGUAAUCGGUAGAAACAGUAGACACUCGCGUGUGAAAAUGUUAGACCGCUUUGUGCUUUUAAUUAUUAAACAAAUGCAUUUUGUCCUGUGUGGCUCUGUGUCCCUUUUCUCUUAGUUUUAUACCACGCUGUAUGUUGUGCAGUGAAGCGGGUCUCUGAA